CCUCAGGAUCUGGGAGUUGAGGGCGUGAGGGAACAGGAACACUUUGGCGGGAGAGGUUUUACACACUUGAAGAGAAUGUCAAGACGCAGUAUCCGUUUGCAAGCUAAGCAGCAGCCCCAGCCCAGCCAGACUGAUUCCCCCCAGGAGGCCCAGAUAAUUCAGGCCAAGAAGAGAAAAACAGCCCAGGAUGUCAAAAAAAGAAAAGAGGAGAAGGUCGCCAAGAAACAACAGUAUGAGAUUAGGAAUUGUUGGCCACCUGUAUUAUCUGGGGGGAUCAGUCCUUGCAUUAUCAUUGAAACACCGCACAAAGAAAUAGGAACAAGUGACUUCUCCAGAUUUACAAAUUACAGAUUUAAAAAUCUUUUUAUUAAUCCUUCACCUUUGCCUGAUUUAAGCUGGGGAUGUUCAAAGGAUGUUUGGCUAAACAUGUUAAAUAAAGAGACCCGGUAUGUUCAUGACAAACAUUUUCAAGUUCUGCAUUCUGACCUGGAACCACAGAUGAGGGCAAUACUUCUUGACUGGCUUUUAGAGGUAUGUGAAGUAUACACACUUCAUAGAGAAACAUUUUAUCUUGCACAAGACUUUUUUGAUAGAUUUAUGUUGACACAAAAGGAUAUAAAUAAAAAUAUGCUUCAACUCAUUGGAAUUACCUCAUUAUUCAUUGCUUCCAAACUUGAGGAAAUCUAUGCUCCUAAGCUCCAAGAGUUUGCUUAUGUCACUGAUGGUGCUUGCAGUGAAGAGGAUAUCUUAAGGAUGGAACUCAUUAUAUUAAAGGCUUUAAAAUGGGAACUUUGUCCUGUAACAGUCAUCUCCUGGCUAAAUCUCUUCCUCCAAGUUGAUGCUCUUAAAGAUGCUCCAAAAGUUCUUCUACCUCAGUAUUCUCAGGAAAAGUUCAUUCAGAUAGCUCAGCUUUUAGAUCUGUGUAUUCUCGCCAUUGAUUCAUUAGAGUUCCAGUACAGAAUACUGGCUGCUGCUGCCUUGUGCCAUUUUACCUCUAUUGAUGCCGUUAAGAAAGCCUCAGGUUUGGAAUGGGACAGCAUUUCUGAAUGUGUAGAUUGGAUGGUGCCUUUUGUCAGCGUAGUUAAAAAUACUAGUCCAGUGAAGCUGAAGAUUUUUAAGAAGAUUUCUAUGGAAGACAGACACAAUAUCCAGACCCAUACAAAUUAUCUGGCUAUGCUGGAUGAAGUAAAUUACAUAAACACCUUCAGGAAGCAGGGACAGUUGUCACCAGUGUGCAGUGGAGGCAUUAUGACACCACCGAAGAGCACUGAAAAGCCACCAGGAAAACAUAAAGAAGCUAACUAAGCAGACAAGUACUGACUG